UCCCCCGUUAGCUUUGCCUUCUCGUCGGACUUGCAACUUUACCCUGGGCCGCUUCCAGCCAUGAAGCUCCUUUGGGUGAUUUUGACUGCACUGCUGCUCUUCUCCCAGCUCACUCCAGGUGGCACCCAAAAGUGCUGGAACCUUCAUGGGAAAUGCCGCCGCACGUGCUCCAAGAAGGAAAAGAUGUAUGUUUACUGCACAAAUAAUAAACCAUGCUGUGUGAAGUUCAAGUUCCAGCCGAAAAUACAAAGGCCAUGGUCACUCUGAGUUCUGUGAGGCCUGAAGCCAUAAUAAAAAUGCAGAUGAAGCUAUUCUGCGUCUGACCCACCCCGCUAGAAUCCCUGAGAUCA